AUGGAGCAUUACGACGUUGCCGUUGUUGGACUUGGUGUGUUGGGAAGUGGAGCAGCCUACUAUGCUGCUAAAAAGGGCGUCAAAGUCAUUGGAUUUGAACAAUUCGAGCUCGGUCACGUACGAGGAGCCUCUCAUGACACAUCUCGCAUUGUCAGGACGUCAAAUUUUGCACCAGAAUAUGUGGCCCUUGCCAAAUCGGCCUAUAAGGAUUGGGCGGAGCUUGAGAAGGUCACUGGCUACAAGAUGUUGACAACGACUGGAGGCGUGGUGUUCUUUGCGCCCGAGUCGCCAACUACGGCUAGUGACUUCACAAAGGCUUUGGAUGCUCAGAAUGUGCCAUAUGAAACGCUUGAUUCUCAAGAGGUCAAGAAGAGAUGGCCUCAAUUCAAUAUCCCGGAUAAUGUGACGACUGUGUUCACCGCUGACUCGGCCAUCGCUCAUGCUGCUAAGACCGUCAGCACUCUUCAGUCUUUGGCCCGAUCCCAUGGCGCAGUUUUGAAAGAUAACACUCCUGUCAACCGAGUGACACCACAAGCAUCCGGCGGUGUUGUGAUUGAUACUCCCAGUGGUCGAUUCCAUGCCAGCAAGGUAGUUCUUGCCACAGAUGCAUGGAUCAACAAGCUUCUCGCACCGUUGAAUGUCCAUAUCCCGGUGUCUGUGAUGCAAGAACAAGUGACAUACUUUAAACCUACCGACGCCUCCACUUUCGAUACCAGCAAGCUUCCUGUUUGGAUCUGGCAGGGUGCCCACUGUUUCUAUGGCUUCCCGACUUACGGCGAGCCGACUAUCAAAGCUGGUCGUGAUUAUUCAAACAACUUCAUGUCGCCGGAUGAGCGCACUUUUGUGCACUCACCGCAGCUGUUUGACCAGCUCACUUCCUUCAUGAACGAGUUUAUGCCUGAUAAGGAGCGCCAAGCCCUCCGCACAAUUACCUGCCAGUAUACGAUCACUCCAGAUCGACAGUUUAUCAUUAGUCCUCUGGACAGCCAUCCUGAUAUCAUUAUUGGGCUAGGUGCUGCCCAUGCUUUCAAGUUCGCUCCGGCUUUUGGACGUGUCUUGGCAGAGUUGGCAGUCGAUGGAAAGACUAAUGAGGAUAUUUCGAAAUGGGGGAUUCCCAAGGCUGCCACUCUCAAUAGCAAGCUUUGA